CACCAAGCGUCACCCAGCGCUGCUGUCACCAGUUCAUCCACAUCAGACUGCAAAUACCCCUAAAAGUAGCCCAAUACUUGCCUUGUUAUGGCAGAACAGGCUGUCGUGGACAAAAUGAGCGAACUGCAAGUGGACGAGGGCAAAAAGAAGGGAAGCGAAAGUGGUAAAGAUGGAGGGAAGAAAAAGACUAAAAAUGCUGCUGGAGACUCUUCUGGCAAGAGCGAGUUGUCGCCGCCACCUCAGUACAUUGAGGAGCGUCUCACCUUUUACACAAAGCUGAAAGCUGAGCAUGAUGCACUCAUGGGAGAACGAGCUGCAAAGAACAGCAAACCCAUCAAGGUGACCCUGCCUGACGGCAAAGUGGUGGAGGCGGAGUCCUGGAAAACCACCCCGUACCAGGUGGCAUGUGGAAUCAGUCAAGGCCUUGCCGACAACACAGUGAUUGCCAAAGUAAACAACAGCGUGUGGGACCUGGACAGACCUUUGGAAGACGACUGCAGCCUUCAGUUGCUCAAGUUUGAUGAUGAGGAAGCUCAGGCUGUGUACUGGCACUCCAGCGCUCACAUCCUGGGUGAAGCCAUGGAGAGAGUGUACGGCGGCUGCCUCUGCUACGGCCCCCCGAUUGAGAACGGCUUCUACUACGAUAUGUUCCUGGACAACACCGAGGGGGUAUCGAGCAAUGACUUCCCUGGUCUGGAAACCCUGUGCAAGAAAAUCAUCAAGGAGAAACAGCCAUUUGAGAGGUUGGAGAUAAAGAAGGAAACUUUACUGGAAAUGUUUAAGUACAACAAGUUCAAGUGCCGCAUUCUGAACGAGAAAGUCACCACUCCCACCACCACCGUUUACAGAUGUGGUCCAUUAAUUGACUUGUGUCGUGGGCCUCAUGUCAGACACACUGGAAAGAUCAAGGCACUCAAGGUUCACAAGAACUCUUCUACUUACUGGGAGGGGAAAGCAGACAUGGAAACCCUCCAGAGGAUCUACGGAAUCUCCUUUCCCGACCCCAAGAUGCUCAAAGAAUGGGAGAAGUUUCAAGAGGAGGCCAAGAACAGGGAUCAUCGCAAACUGGGACGGGAGCAGGACCUGUUCUUCUUUCAUGAACUGAGUCCGGGGAGCUGCUUCUUCCUGCCGAAGGGAGCUUUCAUCUACAACACGCUGAUUGAGUUCAUCAGAAGUGAGUACAGGAAGAGGGGCUUCCAGGAGGUCGUGACUCCCAACAUCUACAACAGCAAACUGUGGCUGACCUCCGGACACUGGCAGCAUUACAGUGACAACAUGUUCUCCUUCGAAGUCGAGAAGGAGAUCUUCGCUCUCAAACCCAUGAACUGCCCUGGGCACUGUCUGAUGUUUGAUCACCGGCCCCGCUCCUGGAGAGAGCUGCCCAUCCGCAUGGCCGACUUCGGCGUGCUGCACAGGAACGAGCUGUCAGGAGCUCUGACCGGGCUCACUCGAGUCCGCCGCUUCCAGCAAGAUGAUGCACAUAUAUUCUGCUCCAUGGACCAGAUUGAGGAGGAGAUCAAAGGCUGCCUGGACUUCCUGCGGACCGUGUACGACGUGUUCGGCUUCACUUUUAAACUCAACCUUUCCACCAGACCAGAGAAGUUUCUGGGAGAGCCGGAGAUCUGGGAACAAGCAGAAAAGCAACUGGAGAACAGCUUGAACGAGUUUGGAGAGAAAUGGGUUCUGAACCCGGGCGACGGAGCUUUCUACGGACCCAAGAUUGACAUUCAGAUCAAAGAUGCCAUUGGUCGAUACCAUCAGUGUGCCACGAUACAGCUCGACUUCCAGCUGCCCAUCCGCUUUAAUCUCAGCUUCGUCAGCCAUGAUGGCGAUGACAAGAAGAGACCGGUGAUCAUCCACAGAGCCAUCCUGGGGUCAGUGGAGAGGAUGAUCGCUAUUCUGACUGAAAACUACGGAGGGAAAUGGCCUCUGUGGCUUUCUCCUCGUCAAGUGAUGGUGGUUCCCGUGGGACCGACCUGUGAGGAGUACGCUGAGAAAGUAAGACAAGAUUUCCACAGCGGCGGCUUCAUGGCUGACGUGGAUCUGGACCCCGGCUGCACUCUGAACAAAAAGAUCAGAAACGCACAGUUGGCCCAGUACAACUUCAUCCUGGUGGUGGGAGAGAAGGAGAAGACGAGCAACACGGUGAACGUGCGCACCAGAGACAACAAAGUCCACGGUGAGCGCAGCGUGGACGAGUGCGUCGCGCGUCUCCAACAGCUCAAGUCCUCCAGGAGUCGGAACGCCGAGGAGGAAUUCUGAGCUUAGACGACUUCCUAACGGUACCCACCAUCACCUUAAAAGGCCAUGUGGUGCAGCUUUGGAUCAGGGAUAUAAAAGCUUGCAAAAACUGGCCAGUAGGGCUUUUUUUUGCUAAAUGAUAUUUUUCUGGUGUCUUCCAUCACCUUUUUUGUUUUUUCUUAUCAAAGGGCAAGGUAGCAGAUUUCAAUGCAAUGAAGUACAAUUUUCUAUCCUUCCCAGCUUGACUGUACUAUGAUGAAGUCUUCGAACAGUUUUACAAUGAAAAUGUCUGUAAAAGAAUAAACCAAACCGUAGAACCUGA